AUGCAUGGCAUGGAAUGAAUUCCGACAUCGACAAACUUUGCGCAGCUGUCCCGAACGAUUUGGCCAACGUGAUUCGCAAGCACGCCGACAUUUUUUCCAGACGACCUACCGGCAGGUUGCCACAUGAGCGAGACCACGACCACAAAAUCGAGUUGGAGCUCGGCGCGCAACCGACUGUUCGGACGCAAUGGCGGCUGACUCAACCCGAACUGGAUGAAAUUCGACGCCUGCUGGACUACCUUGCUCGAGAAAGGUUUCGUUUGCCCAGCACUUCCCCGUUCGCAACUCCGAUCCUGUUCACCCCGAAGAAAGAUGGCAGUCUACGAAUGUGUAUUGACUACCGCGCCUUGAAUCGGGUUACCAUCAAGUCCCGCUAUCUAUCCCGCAUGCCGACGAACUCAUCGACCAACUUCGUGAAGCCAAAUUCUUUUUGAAAAUUGACCUGUGAGGCGGUUACAUCAG